UACAGUGGUGAGCUUCGCGCGCUCCCUAUACAUGCAGAUACACCACUGCUAGCUCGGACCCUCUCGGCAUCGCGGUAUCCACCCCUACUUUUUUACCAACCCCCGCGACCCGGUCCCCGGUUUUACCUUCCACGGGGUGAAAUUUUGCAAGUGGCGCCAGCCGAUUUCUAGCUUACGUGGGUGAGAAAUCGGCAGAGUAACCACAGUGCGAAUCGGCAAUAUAGAAACGAGGGAGGGAGAGACUGCAAGGGCAAUAUACACACCGCGGAGGCGAGCAGUGCGUGCAGAGGCCGGCCGGCGUUGAUUCGCGGACCGAUUGGGCCGCAAAAUCGGCGUGACAAUCACUAUAACACGGCAGCCCGACCGUGUCGCACAGCGUUCGUUUACCAGUGGAUGACGCGUCUACAACCAUUGAGAUUAUUCUGGUGCAUAUAUUAUUAUGGGUGUAUAUUCGCGUGCGUGUGAAUGAUAUUCUGGUGCAGUGCCGAUCGAAAGAGUAAGAGACGACAUUGCCGGUGUGUUGUUUUUGUUGCUGUCUCUGUUAUCUCGCGGUGCAUCUCGUCUCGCUGCGGGAGAAGGAAGAGGCGCAGAGGACGAACCAGUGCAGCGGCGUUUCGAUUUUUGUUCCUCUCGUUGUUUCUUGAUUGGCCGCUUUUGCAUCCGCGCCGAGGAUCGCUCGACUUGCAAUCACAUCGGAGGACUCUCUUCCAUCGAUAAUCUGUUAACUUACUUACACGACUUUGCUGUCGGCAUGGCAGCGUUGGCACGAGCACACUCGAUACUCCACAAACGUGACCGAGCCCAGGGUGUCUAGGUAACCCUCGCAUCUCAAAGGAAGAGAGGAGGAGUAAAAAAAAGGGAAAGACUCGCGAGGUAGGAAAAAUUUAGAUAGAAACUGCAACUGUGGCAAUGGCAGAGUGGGCGCAGCGAGGUAGACCAGCCGUGCCCAGCGACAACAACAGCAACGACGGUUACAACAACCCGGCGGUGUUCUACGACGAGCUGGACUCGAGCGACAACGAGUCGAUAGGCGAUGGCAAGCAAAAGUCAAAGAAGCGCGUCCCCAAGUGCGCUCGGUGUAAGAAUCACGGGAUACCGGCCAAAGUCAAGGACCACAAGGACGUGUGUCCGCAGCGGUUCUGUCUCUGCAACAAGUGCAUCGCCACGUCGGUGCGGCAGCGCGAGAUGAAGAAACAAACCGCCAUCAGAAGGAAGUUGGUGCGGUACAAAAAGCUGACGGAAAAGCAAAAGAAGAUCAGCGAACUGAAGAAACUGCCGAUGCCGAGGCUGAACGUGAGCGACGAAGUCAUCCCCGCCGAGUUACCUCCAAGCAACAAUCCCAGCCACAUGGCGAACAACAAGUCGAGUACCAGCAACGCCGUCGUCGAGCAGCCCCUGGCCAACCCUCCUGUGGCCCAAAAUUCGUCCCCUAUGGUGCUCAAUUUGUCCGCGCCGGAGCCCGAGGACACCCUCAAGACGAAUAUGAACGAGUGCAAUCUUACAGAAACGGAACAAACGGAAAUUUUAUUAGGAUUCAGUUCACGGCUGAUGAAACGAUUUGGAUACUCCUCAGAAGCAUUGUCCUUGAUUUACGUGAUUUUGAAGGAUACCAAGAAGGACGUCGAACUGGCAAUGAAGCGUAUAAUCGAAGCGAACAACGAAAUCCAAGAAACGACGCUCUACAAGAUACUGAAGGCAGGAAUCUCGUACUACUACACGAACGGGCCACCAGUCGGCCACGCAGUCGACAACCUGGGCAAGCCGACCUACUUUGGCCGGGUCCCGUACUUCGGUGCCGGCGACUCGGACCUAUUUCACAACCCCGAGUUAUCAGCGAAGCCCCUCGACUCCUCGGACAGUCCGCCGAAACGGCCGUCCUCCGAUCCCGGUGUGAUAUCUCCAGCCGCCCCGGCCAGCCUGGGCUUCUUCCCGUACGCGCUGGGCACCCCCGUGAUGAGCGCCAAGGUGCCCACGAGUCCGGCCAAUCCCCUCCAAAAGUCCUCCUCGUAUCCAGGAAUGGCGUCCCCACCGACAACGGCCGGCUUGGGUAUAUUCCCGUACUCGCUGGGGACCUACGUCACGGCUGCCAAAGUGCCCGCGAGGCCGUCCAGUCCUCGGGAGCGGCCGUCCUCGUAUCCCGGUAUGGCGUCACCUCCGGCAACCACGGCUGGCCUAGGCAUCUUCCCGUAUCCUCUGGCAAGCUAUGCAGCGACGGCCAAGGCACCGCAACCACCCACUAGUCCGUCCAGUCCUCGCGAGAGGCCAGUUCCUCCGUACCUUGCGAACAAGGUACCUUAUUCGAACCCCCUUCCGUUGCUCUCGGUGGCAGAUCGUCUUGUUACCACUACGCCACGCAAGUAA